AGAUGAGAACGUGCGUGCCGUUGCGUAUACGCAGCAUCGGGGGCAAAUCGGGGUUGAGAGGGUGGCCAUGGCGGCACAGUGUUCGGGUUUGGUGCGACGGACUCUCCCAGCGAUCGCCCUCUCGCUCCGGACCUCUUCUAGACUGCUCUGUACAGCAACAAAACAGAAAAAUAAUGGCCAGAACUUAGAAGACGACUCUAGUCAAAAUGAACAGAAGACAGACAGUGUCUCUACAGAGAAGACACGAACUGAAGAGAAGGUACUAACUGAAGAAAAGGUCAAAUUAGAAGAACAGCUGAAAGAAACAUCGGAGAAGUACAAGAGAGCCUUAGCAGAUACAGAGAACCUGAGGCGGCGGAGCCAGAAAUUGGUAGAAGAGGCAAAAUUAUAUGGUAUUCAAGGUUUCUGUAAAGAUUUAUUAGAAGUUGCUGACAUUUUGGAAAAGGCAACAGCAAGUGUCCCAAAAGAUGAAAUAAAGGAAGAAAACCCUCAUUUGAAAAACCUGUAUGAGGGUCUUGUUAUGACUGAAGUCCAGAUUCAAAAAGUGUUCACAAAGCAUGGUUUGCUCAAACUAAAUCCUGUUGGUGCCAAAUUUGAUCCCUAUGAACAUGAAGCCUUGUUCCAUACUCCAGUAGAGGGGAAGGAGCCUGGCACCAUUGCACUAGUAACCAAAGUUGGGUAUAAGCUACAUGGGCGAACCUUGAGACCUGCUUUGGUGGGUGUUGUUAAAGAACCGUAGCAAUCUAACUUCCCCACAUCUAGAUGCCGUACAGCUAUUAAAUGGAUAUUUUCUCCUUCAAACACUUUUCACAUUUUCUCACCCUUCAAGGAAGGCUUAAAGUAACCAGUGGCUCAACAGAAAGCUCACUCAGUCUUGAAAUUACAUUAUUUAAUGAACUGAAUAAUUUGGAAGGUCUGCAAAUUGAUUUUAAUAUUGCAUAUUUAAAAACAGAGCCUCUGAAGCACUCUUGUACUUGUAUAGUAUCUUGAAUAAUGAUUUAUUUGUUAAAAACCCUGGCUACUUAAAAGAUAUGUUCAGUGAAUAAAAUGUCUCCAGGAAUUCUAAUGGAACUGUCCAGACAGAUUUAUGGGGUUGGUUGGUUGUUUUUUACUGUGUUUCUCAUCCUGGAGUUUUAUUUUUUCCUUUUGUACUAUGAAAAGGUUAUGAGAAAAGCUCUUUGAGAUGUAUAAAUGACUAGAUAAAACCAACAGAUUUUCUCUUUGCAACAAAUUUUCUUAUACUCUUUACGAGAAGUAUACUUAGGUACCUUGUUUAUAUGUUGGUGUCUUGCUGCCAAGUUUUGGUGGCUUCUAGCUUUUCCUUGGAAUACCUUGGUAGUAUGCAGUGUUGUUGAUUCAGAACCAUUAUGUGAACUUCAAAAAGAAGCUAUUUAAAUAGUAUCUAAGUACUACAUAUGAUUCAACUGCCACUAAUAAUUUGCCCAAUAUUUGGAUUUUAUUUCAGACCUUUAAGUAAUAAACCAUUUUUAGUAGUCUUUUUCAUUGUUAGAGAUAUUAUUUUGCCAGUUAAGUAAUUUGAUUUAACCUUCAAAACUUUGGGGGAAAAGUUGGUUGCAUCCCUUUGGAGUGUUAAUGUUUAAAAGGAGAAUUAUGUUGAAAUCAGUGUCUGAAGUAAUUUCAACUAAUGUAUUUAAUUUUACAUUCCUUAGUAAGCUCUGCUUUCCCAGAGUUUAGGAACCAAGGGCUGGGUAUGCUUUUUAAAACACUGUUUGAAUUUAUUAUUUGAAAGGAUUAAAGCCCUAAUUUGUGCUAAA